AUGAUACAGGUGCUCCGCCACCCGUUGCUGUCGGCCCGGCUGCAGCUGUGCCGGCCGUCCCUGUACCUGCCGGUGUGGUGGGAGUCGGGCAAACACGACCGCGACCUGCUGGUGGGGGCGGCGCGCCACGGCCUGACCCGCACCGACUUCUACAUCCUCAACGACCCUCAGCUGGGCUUCCUGGACGCCCACCGGAACUACGUGAGGGGCCACCCGGCCCACCUGGGGCCCCACCUGGGGGGCCUGGGCCACCCGGGGCUGCCCCCGCCUCACUGCUGCCUGUACGAGGCCGGGCAGCCGCCCGAGUACCCGGGGCACCAGGGGCACCAGGGGAUCCCGGGGCACCAGGGGCAUCCGCCCCCUCCCCCACCGCCUCAGGCCUCCGCCCCGUCUCCGUCCUCCUCCUCUUCCUCCUCCUCCCACCCCCACCUGCCCCCCCCGGCCCUGGAGGCCCAGCAGGACUCCCCGGGCCUGGGCCUGGCCCCCCCCGGGCCCCGGGGCGUGGACUUCCUGGACUGCCCCCCCCUGGACGACGGGCUGGAGCUGGCGGCGCUGCAGCACGACGUGCUGAGCGGCGGGAAGGCGUCCAAGGACGCGCUCAACGGGUUUCCCUUCAACUCGGCGGCGGCGGGCCAGAGCAUGCUGAACCCGUACGGAGCCGUGGGGGGAAACGACCUGGACUCGGUCCUGGUGGGGGAGACGGGCUCGGCCGAGGAGACGGGACUGAUGGAGCCGUCCGUGGAGCUGGACCGGCUGCAGGCUCCCUGGGACGGCGCCGACCACACCAGCCCCGCCGAGCACAUGUUCAACGAGUCGGACCCCAUCCUGGGCCCGCCGGGCCUGGAGCCGGGUUUCCUGGAGGAGGAGGACGAGGAGACGCCGGGGGACCGGGCCGGGCUGGAGGAGUGUCUGGGACUCCCGCCGGCGUCGCCGCCCUCACACCCGUCCAGCGGAGACUCGGUGGAGCCGCUGUCGUCCAGCUACAUGCUGUUCAAGGACAUCGGGGUGAACGAGGAGGCCAGCGCCGACCACACGGACCUGUCGGCCAGCCCCCCGCUGCCCUACGUCCCUCCUCCCCUCUCCAUGUCCGACAUCACGGGCCACGUCUCCCAGAGCCUGACCAAUCAGGAGGAGGAGGAGGCGGAGCCUCGGGAAGGCAGCGCCGGGUUCCAGUUCGACGACAAGGAGGACGAGGAAGAGUUUCCCGGGGGGAACAUGGAGCGGAGCGUCGACGGAGAAGAUCAGCCUCGAGGUGUGUGCGGGGGUUUAGGGGUCCUGGAUCCGGCUGAAGUGCCUCAGAUGGAGGAUGGCGGGGUCCGGGCCCCCCGGGACAGGAAGGAGGUCCUGAAACCAGCGUCUCCAGAACUCCAGGACGGGUUUGAGCCCCCGGACCCCGGAGAGGACGUGGACCCGUACCUGGGGAAGCUGGAGGCCCCCAUGGACCCCAUGGAGGACCCGGUGGAGGAGCCCAUGGACCCCAUGGAGGACCCGGUGGAGGAGCCCAUGGACCCCCCCGAGGAGGUGGCCGGGCUGAUGCUGUACCAGGACCAGAACCUGGACGGUUCCCUGGACUCCGAGGCGUUUCUAGGCAACGGGAGCGGAGAGUUCGUGCAGGUGAAGGCGGUCCAGCAGAACUCCGUCGGGGGGGAGCCCGACGCCGACCCGGCCGACCAGGUGGAGGAGAUCUCCGAAGGCCCGGAGUUUCCUUCUGGUUCCGACACCAGGGGUAAAACUGGACCGCCGACGUUCCCCUUCGACCCGGAGAGCAAAGACCUGCUGGACGGGGACGAGGAGAAGGUUCCAGAGAGGAAACCAGAGCCGGGUCUGGUUUCAGUCAAGGUGGAGGACGUUUCUCCGGACAGUUCAGAGGUCAAACCUUCGCCGUCGCGGCCCGUCAAGUCGGAGGAGCUGGAGCCCAAACCGGAGCAGCUGGAGUUCCCGGUCCGAGCCCAGUCCCCGGAGCCCAAACCCGAGGACCUGCGUCUGCCGGUGAAGCCCGAGGACUUGGACGCCAAACCCAACGUCCUCCCCUUCGCCGACGUCAAGCCCGAGCCCGAGGUGAAGGCGUCGUCGGCCCUGCAGCUGACCUCUUACCCCGAUGGCGGCCACUUCAAGGUGGAGGCCAAACCCGAGGUUUUGGCGUUGGCGGCAUUCGCCGACGCCGUCAAGUCGGAGGCCAAGACGGAGCUGGCGUUCUACCCGGACAGCUCGCAGGUCAAGGCCGAGCCCGAGGGCCUGGACUUCGGAACCCUGUCCCGGGUCAAAGCCGAGCUGAAGCAGGAGACGCUGGAGGCCGACAGCACCGUCCUCACGCCCAAGCUGGAGCAGGAUGGCGCCGGAGACGCCGCCGCUAGCAGUGAAGGUCUGGCGGCGAAGGGCCUCGUCAAGGAGGAGCGGCCGAGUACGCCAGGUCCCGCGGUGGACGGCUACGACCGGUUCCCGCCCCCCGGGUCCAUGUGCGAGGUUGCCGACGGUCUGCACGACGCCCGGGAGCCGACCAUCGCCCAGCUGCUGCAGGAAAAAGCUCUUUACUCCUUCUCCGAGUGGCCGAAGCUACAGCUCCGCCUGCCGCCGCGGCGCCACCAGGACCUGAUCUUCCAGCCGCAGGUCCAGGACCGGGUCGUCAUCAACCGGCUGGACAGCAUCUGCCAGGCCGUGCUGAAGGGGAAGUGGCCGUCGUCCAGCGAGCAGUACGACUCCCCCGGCGCCGCCGCCAGCGUGGCCGCCGGCUCCUGCCUUGCUCAGCAGCAGCAGCAGCAGCGGUACCCCGGCCCGGCCCCGGCCCGGCUCCAGCAGCCCGGCCCCGGCCUGGGCUUCUCCAUCCCCCCACCCCUCACCCGGCUGCCCAAGUACGUGCCGCGGGGCGGCGCCUGCGGCCGCGGAGCGUGGCGCCUCACCUCCCUCCCUCUCUUACAGGAGCGGCUGGUGGCGCCGCCCUUCCUCCCCGAGCUCAAGCGCGCCGGAGGCCGCCGGGCCUUCGACUACGAGGCGGCCGCUGCCGCGGCAGCAGCUGCUAAGGCCUCCGCCGGGAAGUCGGCCUCGUCCUCGUCCUCCUCCGCGGGGGGCGAGAAGGCGGCGGUGGUGGCCCCGCCCCCCCACCGGCCCGGGCCCGUGCUGCUCAACGGCUGGCAGGAGUCGGCCAUCGACCUCACCAAGGCCUCGGGGGAGAUCAGCACCACCAGCGGCGCCGCCGCGGCUAACGAGGCCGGCGGUGGCCAGAAGCUGGCGCCGCUGCCGCCCAUCACGGCGCCGCUGCCCGGCGCCGGCGGCAUGGACAUCUCGGGGAUCCUGCAGGCCGGACUCAUCCACCCGGUGACGGGCCAGAUCGUCAACGGCAGCCUGAGGGCCGACGACUCGCUGCGCCGCCGCCGCGGACGCAGGAGAAACGUGGAGGCGCUUUACUCCGAGUUCACCAAGACCCGAGGCCUGCACCUCCCCGAGACACAGGGCCGCGUGGAGGUGAUCAGCCACUCGUCCGUGUCCUCCUCCACCUCGUCCCCGUCCCCGUCCCCCUCGGACCGCCCGGCCGGCCCCCCGUCCUCGUCCUCGUCCUCCACGCCCACGCCCACCCAGACGCCGCCCCAGCCCGAGAUCGUGGCCAUCGACCGCGAGGCGGCUAGUAAAGGUCUGAUGGAGUGGCUGAGGCAGAACCCGGGCUACAGCAUGGACCUGCCGGCCUUCGCUCACUCCGGUGCCGGGCUGCUGCACGGCUUCGUGGAACGUCCUAAACAGAGGAGACAUCGCUGCAAAGAUCCCACCAAGCUGGACAUCAACUCCCUGACGGGGGAGGAGAGAGUCCCGGUGGUGCACCGGGGGACCGGACGCAGGCUGGGGGGCGCCAUGGCCCCGGCCAUCAAGGAGCUGUCCCGGUGGCUGGAUGCAAACGCUGAGUACUACGUGGCUCCAGACUGGGCAGACGUGGUGAAACACUCGGGUUUCCUCCCGGAGGGGAAGUUCUCCCGGAUCCUGACGGAGCCGGUCAACAAGGACCCGGGCUCUCGGCGCCGCGGCCGGCGUCCCCGCAGCGAGAUGCCCAAGCCCGUCCUGGGCGACGGCUCGCCGGGCCUCGGCCCGCCCUUCUACAUGAACGGCGGCCUGAUCGGCAGCAUGGACUCCAUGGUGAUGCAGAACCUGCGCGGGGCCGUGCCGGGCAUCCCCAUCUCCGGCAUCAUGGCCGCCGGCUUCCCCCACGGGUUUCCCUCCGCCGGCGGGGCGUCGGCGGACGACGGCAAGAACGGGCUGAGCAUGUUACCCAUGAUGCUGCAUGGCAUCCCGCACCCGCAGCACGCCCUGUUCAGCGUGGGCACCAUGAUGGCCCACGCCCCGCCCCCUCACCCCGGCUCCGCCCCCUCCUCCUCCUCCACCAAGGUUUCCACGACGACCGGCGAGGCGUCCAGCCCGUCCUCCACCACGCCCGCCGACGGAGAGAGCGUGACGGAGGAGGAGAAGGGCGGGGCGGAGGAGGAGCCCGGUGCUAACGGCGCUAACGCGGCGGUGGUGGUCACGUCCACCAGCAGGGCUCACCCGUCUGGCUCCGCCCACCUUGGUGCCGGCAGUCACCUGACCUUCAACCCCUUCCUGAUCCCGGGCGUGUCCCACGGCCUGCUGUACCCGCACAUGUUCCUGCCGCACGGCGGCAUCAUGGCACUGCCCGCCAUGCCGCCCGCCGCCGCGGCGGACAACGGCUCGCCGCCGAGCCCCAAGAGACGGAGGAAGAGGGCGAGGGAGGACGCGGAGCCUGAGGAGGAGAAGAAGAAGGGAGCGGCGCCCCCCGGUGGCGGCGACGCGCCGGAGGACGAGGACGAGAGGGAAAGUACAGUUUCAGCCCUCGGCUCCGCCCCCUCCUCCUCCCUGGUCACGCCCUCUACCUCAGCCCCGCCCCCGGCCACGCCCCCCGCGGCCCCGGAGCCGGACUCCAACGACCACGGCGAGGAGGGGGCGGAGCCGGCGGAGCUGGGGGCGGAGCCUCAGAGACGGGACGCGUAGAGGACGAGGAGGUCGGUCCCCCCGACCUCGACCUCGGUGUAAAGUUUGUGUCCGUCGUUGUCGUGUAAAGACUUUUGUUAUGAGGAAGAGUCUGAGGAAGACUCUGGUCCACCAUGUUUAUAUACCCAGACCCCCCGCCCGCUCCAAACCCGUCUAAUCCGGUCUAAUCCGGUCCCAACUGGUCCCCAACAGUCUUAACCGGUCCCCACUGGUUCCCAAUCCGGUCCACUCCGGUCUAAUUUAGUCCAAACCGGUCCACUCUAGUCCUCACUGGUCCAAACCGGUCUAAUCCGGUCCCAGCUGGUCUACUCUGCUCCUAAACGGUCAAAUCCCCAACGGUCUUAACUGGUCCACUCCAGUCCCAACUGGUCCCCAACGGUCCACUCCGGUUUAAUCCGGUCCCCACUGGUCUAAUCCAGUUUAAUCCGGUUUAAUCCGGUCCCCACUGGUCUAAUCCGGUUUAAUCCGGUCCCCACUGGUUUAAUCCGGUCUAAUCUGGUUUAAACCGGUCUAAUCCGGUCCACUCUGGUCCCAAACGGUCUAAUCUGGUCCCAACUGGUCCAUUCUGGUCCAUUCUUUUCCCCACUGGUCCACUCCGGUCUAAUCCGGUUCAGUCUGGUCCAAAAAACGACGGUAUAGUGUUGGAAUCGUCUUCUUCUUCUCUCUGUUUUCCCCCUCAUUCUGCUUUGGGACUGACGUUUGAGCGGGAAACCUGAACCGAGACCCGAGAGACCCGGGAGACCCGGGAGACCCCCACUGGUGAAGUUCUGGACCGGCAGACGCUUCCUGCAGUUGUGUGUGUGUCUGGUCCAAGUGUGUGUGUGUGCGUGUGUGUGUGUGUGCGGCCCAAAUGUUUUAUUUUCGGACUUUUUCAUGUGCAAUGUUGACCAGAACCCGUCAGGCCGACCCGUUUGGAGCAUUUAAAGUCCAGCCAAAUCAAAUUAGAGCGUCUUUCUACCUUUUAAACAUCCGCUACGACCCGGCGGGUCGAGUCAGAGCGGCACGAGGAGUUUUAAUCAGGUUAAAAGUUCUGAUCGUGGCCCGUACUAGUCACUCAUCAUGUAGUCUUUAUCAUCAGUGUUGGUACGGUUGCUUAGCAACGCCUCCACCAGGGGGCAGCAGCGAGUCUGAGAGGGAUUCCUUCCUUUAACGCAGGGAUCGGCAACCCGCGGCUCUUUAGCGCCGCCCUAGUGGCUCCUGGAGCUUUUAAAAAAAUGUUUGACCUUUUUUUUUUAACUUUUUUUAUUACUUUUUUCUUUUUUCCUUUCCUUUUUAAUCUCGACAUUUCAAUUUUUUUCUCGACAUUUUUACUUUUUUCUCAACAUUUCAACUUUUUUCUCAACAUUUCGGCUUUUUUCUCAAGAUUGUACUUCAACAUUAAUCUUGACAUUUCGACUUUUUUCACCAAAUUUUUACUUUUUUCUCAACAUUUCGACUUUUUUCUCGAAAUUUCAACUUUUUUCUCGACAUUUCGACUUUUUUCUCAAAAUGUUGACUUUUUUGUCGACAUUUUGACUUUUUUCUCAAAGUGCACAAUGAAAAAUAGAUCUCCCCCAGUUCUAACCAAUAUACAAACAUGCAGCAUGUGUUUCUUCAUUCUAAAGUUUAUACAAGACUUUUCAUUUUUUGCGGCUCCAGAAAUAUUUGUUUUUUGUGUUUUUGGUCCAAUACGGCUCUUUCAACAUUUCUGGUUGCCGACCGCUGCUUUAACGUCACUCAAACGUGAGAUUUUUAGCCGAUCUGAGCAACAACUUAUCUCAAAAAAACAACUCCUUUGUGUCGCUUUGAUCCGAAUCGUCGUCCCGGUUCCGUUUUGGUUCUGAAAGCAAAGAACAAUCACCAGAUUCUACGUCGUAUAGAACCUCCUAGAUCAUGUCCUGUCCUUUCACUUUCUUUCUCUAUUGUCAUGUUUUUAAAUUCAGCCACAGAGUCACUUUGAGAGAAACGACCCCCCCUUAGGUCCAAAGUGGGGGGGGGUUUAGGUCCAAUCAUGGGAAUGUUGGAGCGGAGAGCUCGGUCCGGCCACCAGGGGGCAGUAGAGGCCGACUGAAUGUAACUGAAUGAUUUCAGCACAAGUGGAGAGAUUUAGGGGGGGGGGGGGGCAUCAGUUCACACUAAACCUUCUACAUAUGUAAAUUUAUCACUGUACAUUACUGUUUUCUUCUCUUUUUUACGUUCGUUUCUUUCCCGACGCCAGCGGGGGGGGGGCGUUAACACUUUCCAGACCGUACUGUAACGUGAUGACGGAUGCUCUCACCGCCUCCAUUUUCAGUUUUCAUACAAGAAAACAUCAUUUUUGCACAUUUCGUGUCUUUUUUGUGAAUAAUUUGAUAUUUCCGUUAACGUGUGUGUGUGUGUGUGUGAGUGUGUGUGUGUGUGUGUGUGUGUGUAUGCGCACACGUUUUCCCCGCGGCUCUGUUGUUUCCCGACUCAUUUCCUGACGGAGGAGAAGAAAGAAAACAUGGUUGUUGCCUUUGUCGCGGGUUCGUGGCUGCAUAUAAUUUAUUAUGCUUUUUUCACUGCAAAAACUCCAAAUCUUAACAGGAUUUGUCUUAUUUCUAGUUAAAAUGUCUCAUUUUUAGUAAAAAAA